AUGGUAGCUACCGAGAAGGAACCGCAGGACACUCCUGUCCAUUUCGAGGAGAUGAAACCUCAGUCGGGCAACGUGGAGGUCGAGUUCGACCCGGAGCUUGAGAAGAAACUAGUCCGGAGGAUCGAUCUGCACCUCAUUCCGAUCCUUAGUCUGUUACUUCUCUGUGCUUUUGUGGACCGUAUCAAUAUUGGCAAUGCCAGAAUUCAAGGAUUGGAACAGGACUUGAACAUGAAAGGCAACGCCUACAACAUCGCACUCUUCUCCUUCUUCGUCACAUACAUCCUGUUCGAGGUUCCAUGCAACAUGAUCCUGAAAAAGGUCCGCCCCUCAGCCUUCCUUAGUUUCAUCAUUGGAGCAUGCGGUAUUAUCACCAUUGGUCAGGGCGUCACUCAGUCAUUCGCGGGGUUGGUCGUGUGUCGUGUUUUGAUCGGCCUUUUCGAAGCCGGCUUCGUUCCCGGCUGUGUAUACCUCAUCUCCAUGUACUACAAACGCCAUGAGCUCCAGUGGCGAGUGAACCUCUUCUACACGGCUUCCAUCCUUGCUGGAGCCUUUUCUGGUCUUCUGGCGUACGCCAUCGCCCACAUGUCUGGUAUCGCCGGCUACGGAGGCUGGCGAUGGAUUUUCAUCCUCGAGGGUAUUGCAACUGUCCUUAUCGCAGUCUAUGCCUACUUCACGACACCCGAUUGGCCGCAGACCGCCAAGUUCCUCAGCGAACAGGAGAGAGCAAUCCUUCUAGCCCGGCUUGCAGCCGAUACACCAGACGCGACGAUGAACCACUGGAACAAGGACACCGCCAAACGCGUCUUUGGUGACUUGAAAAUCUGGCUCGGCGCCCUUAUGUACCUCGGCAUCGUCACCACCACCUACAGCACGUCCUUCUUCAACCCCACCAUCCUCAAGCAGCUCGGCUGGACCUCCCUGCGCGCCCAGGUCAUGUCCAUCCCGCUCUACAUCGCCGCCGCCGCCGUCACCAUGACGGCCGCCGUGCUCUCGGACCGCCUGCGCCACCGCUUCGCCUUCAUCAUCGUCGGCUGCCUCGUCACGACCGCGGGCUACGGCGUCCUGCUGGCCAGCCCGUACGUCCCCGUCGGCGCGCGCUACUUCGCGCUCUACCUCGUCACCUGCGGCUGCUGGCUCGUGCAGCCCAUCACCGUCGUCUGGCUCAGCAACAACCUCGGCGGGCACUACAAGCGCGGGGUCGGCGCCGCCGUGCAGCUGUCCAUCGGCAACUGCUCCGGCUUCGUCGCGUCCAACAUCUUCCUGCCGCGCGACGAGCCGCGGUACCUGCUCGGCUACGGCGUCGGGCUCGGCUUCACGUGGCUCUGCGUCUUCGCGGCCUGCGCGUUCGCGGCUUGGAUCCGCAGGGAGAACCGCCUGCGCGACGAGGGGGCGCGGGACCACCUCCUGGACUUGCCGGAGGCGGAGCUGAAUAACCUGGGUGAUGACCAUCCUAGCUUUAGGUUCACGCACUAG